GUGCCAAGACGCUGUGCGGACAGCAACAACAGCACCAAGCACACCAACAAACACAAAGAACAACCACGCCAUGUGCACCAACCAUCAAGACGGAACCCACGACCUUAGUCGGAGAGAAGAGCAAGACGCCCUCCUGCAGCUCUUCUGAUGGCUCCACCCCCACCACAGGGGCUUCGGGGGGCAGCGGAGGCGGCGGCGACUGCCAGUUGCUGAAACAGCGGCAAAAGCGCAAGCCGCGCGUGCUGUUCUCGCAGGCUCAGGUGUACGAGCUGGAGCGGCGCUUCAAGCAGCAGCGCUACCUGUCGGCGCCGGAGCGCGAGCAGAUGGCCAGCAUGCUGAAGCUGACCUCCACGCAGGUCAAGAUUUGGUUCCAGAACCGACGAUACAAGUGCAAGCGCCAACGACAAGACAAGAACUUAGAGUUGUCGGCCAUGCAGCCCCCGCGCCGGGUGGCGGUACCCGUGCUGGUGAAGGACGGCCGACCCUGCCUCAGCCAACCAUGCCUCCCUCCCCAUACUCCUCCGCCCCCUUCAACGUCAACCCCUUCUCCAACUACACCACGGCUCAAGCCUACAACUCGGCAGUCACCGGCCAUCAGAUGCCGGUCAACCACCUACAGCAAGGCUCCUACUCCGUGCAGCCCCAGCUCCACGCGCAAGGCAUCCGGGCCUGGUAAGGGCAGCAGGGCACGGCCAUAGAGACAGCAGGGCAUGGCGGGAAGGACAAGCAUGACGUCAUGGGAAAACCAGAGAAACAUCCUCUCACGCUGGCACUAGCAGCAGAGACUGUGAGAGCUGUACUGUGUGAGAGUGUGUGAGAACUAUACUCAGAUACACUCACUCGUGGCAGAGUGUGAGUAUGUGACAGUGUGUGACAGUGUGACUGUGAGUGCGACAGUGUGAGUGACUGUACUCAGACACACGCACUUUAUAGGACGCGUUGUGUGUUUUUUCAGUUAAAAAAAAAAUGAAAUAAUGAUGUAAUGAAGUAAUGAGUAAUCUUAUCACGAGAGCCAACAUAAUUCUGCCGGAGACGAUGGUGAAAAAGACGUUGCGGAGGACAGAAAGCUAUGCUAUGUCCUUACUAGGAAGCUAUGCCAGGUAGCCUUCAUGUUACUAGGGGGCUAUGACAAGAUGUUUUCAUGUUACUAGGUGACAUGGACUUUUUCAUGCUUUUUAGUGUCGUUCCACGAGCAGCUCACAAUAUGAUUGACACCAUACAAAAACCUCAGUCAUUCCCCGUCCACUCACUCAUUCACACACACAAACAAACAAACAAACAAAGAAACAAACAAAAGAGUAAGUGGUCAUUUUCAAAUGUUGUCUUUGAGACAUUUUGAGAAGACAGACAACAAGGCUACACCGGCUAUUGUCGUCAAACACCCAGUGUGUCUGAGGGUAGCAUGCGAGAAAACUUCUUUCGCCACAAACUGUGCCCACGGGCCGUGUGCAAAACAGACAAUAUGCCUGUCCCACAAACUGCGCCCACGGGCCGUGUGCAAAAUAUGCCUGCCCCACAAACUGUGCCCACGGGCCGUGUGCAAAACAGACACUAUGACUGUCCCACGUGCCAAAUUGUCAUGGAUCUCGACAGAGGUCGGUUAUUUGAAUGUUCAGUUUGUGCCUUUUGUACAGAGGUCUGUUAUUUGAAUGUGUUUUUUGUGCCUUGUGCUAAUUAGCCUUAUUAUUCAAAUCCUUAUGCUAAUUAGCCUUAUUUUUAUGAAAGCUGAAUAUUUUGUUGCCUUUUUCUCCCUUUCCUGUCCAAUGCUGCUGACAGAGAAGAGUAGAUUAGGGAUCGCUUACAGUGUUACACUAACGAACCUUCUACCCGACCAGUACUGUCUACCAUAGUCUACCCGUGGCCUUAUAACUGUUCUCCGACAGAGGACUUUGCUUGACAACAGUUUGCCUCUUUGCUGUGUAACACUGCAUCACAACUCUCCUGUGCCUUGACUGACACUGGUUUGUUUGUUUGUUUUUCUGACAGUCUUUUGUCUCAGCCACUGACACAAAGACACACGAGUCAGCCAUACCGCAUUUAUGCAAUUAUGAUUGCAGCUGGUCGCCAUACCAGCUCGGUUGGAGCAGAGGGCGCUGUGCACGCGAUGCCCAACUGGGUGACGCGGCCCUGGCCUAUCAGGGGCGGCUAUUUACUACACCUACUAAUUACUGCCUUAUCAAAAACGGGGAUUUAUGGCUCGUGCCACUACAGUCGUCAGUGACAACACGGGCAUGGAGAACAAGAGCGGACAACUCAGGCAGACAGGGGCCCGCCACUUGCUCAGGCGAUCAGAUGGGAGGAAUUAACGGCGGGAUGUGGCAAGCAAAAAAAAAAAAAAGAGAGGGACAGUGGGGGGAAACAAGCAAAGAAAAGACCAUAGAUCACGGUGGGGUAGGGGGGCGAUUUGUCGCGUCAUUUAACUAAAUACAUGUUGCGGCAAGACAUGCUCGUUCCCACCAUCCCGCGGGCGCGAGGGCCGUGAGGCGGGCGCUGCGCUUCAAGCGAAACUUGCACCAGAACAACGGCAAAGGCGCGAUCCCAUCGGUCACUGCGCGCCGAUGAUAAACGACGUCGCCGAUAACCGUGCCGCUCGCGCCGCCCCCGAGAUACAGCGGGUCACGGAGUCGCCGCCUCGCUGCCACGCUCCGCUUCACGCUAAACGGCCGCCGUAGGGAAGGGGACGCGGCAAGGGGCAGAUUUCCGGCUUCAGCCAUGCGUGACGGCAAAACGUAACACGGUCCGUUAAAGUCCGAUCAACUCCAGAAGCUCCCCCCCACACCACCACCAUCGCCACCCCCCCCCUUGCUAGACAGAAGGUGUCGGUAAUGGAGUGGGGUGGGGUUAGGAGGAGAGGGGGUUGGGCGUGAGAAGUCUGGUGUGCGUGAAGAUGUCAGCAGUGUCUGUGUGACGUCACCGCCACAGAGUAGAGUGACUUCAUAGCUGCCAACGCUCGGCGGUGACGUCAACAUGGUGGUGUGUGACGUUACCAUGCAUUCACAGUGGUCGGCGCCUGAGGACACGGCUUGCUACGGCUCUGUGUCACGUGAUUUCAGAGAAGAGUAGGAAAUAUCAGGUAGAGAGCUGAUACACGCAGAGCUAGAGGGUCGAGACAUAUUCAGCUAGAGGGUCGACCGUGACAGUAUGCUGACCUAGAGAGCGGAGCGGAGUAUAAAAUGUCUUGUGGAUGGGGGCUUAUUGGGGGCUGGGAGUGAUGGCAGUGACAGGGAAGGUGUAUAAGAACAAUUGCUAUGUCGCUGCCACGAGUGACACAAGUGUAACCGCAAAAUGCCUUUCUGGCCCCCCUCUCCUCCCACACACAUACACACACGUACACAUAUCUCCAGCACACAGACCGAAACACGCUAGCAAGUGCUACACACGUAACUCGGAUGGACUGAAGAAAGGGAAAAAAGAUUAAUCGCGGGUUCGACUUUAUACGCUCACACACUAGGGACAAACAGACUCGUGGGGAAAGUCAGUGAUUUAAGGCUAAGACAAUAGUUUGGUGACUAUGGUGUAAGGACUGUCAGCAUGUCAUCGACUGUCACUAACCCCAUGAUGUCACCGACUAUCACUAACCAUAUGAUGUCACCGUCACUAACCACAUGAUGUCACCGACUGUGGCGGUCUGCUGUAUAUAGUGUAUCGACGACCUCAUGUUUUUUAUUUUGUCUCUAACAUCUUCUCCACUUGUUGUCUUGACUCCUGGCUUCCAUUUGGAACGAUUUUCAUAAUAAUACACAACUACAACUACGUCA